GAAAAAAAGAAGUGAGAGCUCACUGGAACCAAAAUGAGGACUCCCUCCUACUGAGCUCACUCUGUAUUCCUUUCUCACUUUUCUGAUAAGGGAAAGAAACCACUAAAAAGCUCUUUUCAUGGUGGCGUAAGUGGGUCCUAUUGGACACGGUUCCAAAGCCUUUUGCUCCUACAAAUACCUUCAUCCCCUCACUCCUUUUCUUGCCAUGAGCCAUACCCACACCUACUAUUCUUCUCUUCUUCGUUUCAUCAAACACCUAAUUCUGAUCUCUCCUUGUGCAACUCGCAUCCACUAGUGGUCUCUUAGCAGACCUCUGUUGGUUGCAGUGUUGCCUUCUUUCCAUUUCUUUUCCUUCUACUAUUACGUAUUUGGUGUUUCCUUAGUUUAAAUAAAUUAAUAGCUUAUAUAUCUCUUCUUGGGAUGUCAUCUCUUAACAAGAGCUUUCACUCGUCUUCUUCUUUCAAAGAAGAGGUCAUGGUGAGCAAACAACAGGGGAUAGUUUCCAUUCUUGGUUCUGAUUCUGAAUUAAAAACCAAUAAACCUUUAAGAAGAACGCUUUCGGCUGAUAUGUCCUCAAAAAAAUGGCUUUCUCAAAAUGGAUUCUCAUCUCGCCUUAAGAAAAUUGCUUCAUCCAAAGAAUUCUCAGUUUCAAUCAUAACAGACUCUUCUUCUUCUGAAGGAGAUGAAGACGAGUAUGAGAAAGAGACUGAAGUUUGGAGUUCAAUCCAACAAGAGAAACAAAAGAAAGAUUCAUCGCCACGUGGGCAAUUUGAUAUAUGGAGCUCUAUCUUAACACAAAAAGCACAAGAAGCCAAAAAUCUUCUACCUCCUCCUUAUGUUCACCCUCUUGUUAAAAGAUCAGCAAGUUCUCUAAGCGAAAAGAGCCUUGAAAUUUGUACUGAAAGUCUCGGAUCCGAGACUGGUUCUGAUGGGUUCUCUUCAUAUCCACCAUCAGAGACUGGUGAUGCAGAGGAAGACAAAGAAGAAGAACAACAAGAAGAGGAAGAAGAAGAGGAGGAAGAAGAAGAAAAAGUUUCAAAAAAUUAUGAUAUGGAGGAUUGGCAAGUAAUCAAGUGUAACAUAACCGCAGCUAGUAAGAAAUUGCCACCUAGAACAUUUCCUCCUCCAAUUCCUUCACUAUCUAGUCGCGAUGGAGCUUCUCUGCGAAUGAGGCCUCGCCGAGAUAAUGGUAGGUUUGUUCUUGAAGCUAUUUCAGUUCCUUCGCAGAACAACUUCAAAGCUGAACGCCAAGAUGGUCGCCUUGUUCUUAGCUUUAUCGAUACCCCUGAUGGAGAAGAAGAAGGAACAAAGAAAAAUGAAAUGGAAUUGUUUCAAGUAGAAAUUGAGGAUUCGGAGGAGGAAGAGGAAGAAGUGAAUGAGAGAGGAGGAGGAGGAGGAGGAGGUGAAGAGAUGAGGUAUGUGAUGGAGCAAGCACCAAAAUUAUCUGGCGGGAUUAUUAAUGUUCAUAGGCUAGCUUUAAUGAUAAAUAAGCCUACGAUGUUGGCUAAUAGGAACACAGCAUGGUCUAACAAGUUUAAUGAAGUAGUCAAAUUUGAAGAAGAGGAAGAAGAAGAAGAAGAAGUGAAUCCAAAUCCAAUUGCCCCACUGACUCAGUCACUGCCGCCAAGGCCGCCAGUGGGUCGGAGCAUCCCUAAGCCAGCGGCUGUGGCCACUGCAGCAACAGCGUCAGUUAAUGCCUAUGAGUACUAUUGGAAGCCCAAGCCCAUGGGUACAGCAGGAGUAACAGCAUGUCUUAGUCCCAUUGCCAAAAAAUCACCAUCAAAUAAUGACAAAUACAUCCUCACAAAGAAUUUGAUUGUAAAUGAAAAGAGGCAAGAAUUGUCGGUGUGGAGUGGGAAUAAAGGAGAUUGCUUUCCUCCUUUGUCAAAGGGAUGCAAGGAGCCAAGAAGGUCUCUUUUGCUUCAGAAGCUCCAUUGCAUUGCCACCUCCUAAUCAAAUUCCACCCUCAAGGGGGAAAAAGAAAUUAAUUUCAAUUCCAAACCCAACCAAGAAAAACAAAAAAAAAAAAAAAAAAAAAAGACCAUUAUUAUUGUCACUUUGUCUCCCUAUUUUUCCACUUCCACUCCUUGAGCCUGAGGGGUGGAUUUGUGUUGUCAAAUAAAAAAAGAAAAGGGAGUAUAUUUUGGUUUAGAAGAUCAAAGAGAAAAGAGAAAUGACUAAUUAACAACCUAUAUAUAUAAUAUGAACUUUUUUAUUAGUCUAUGUCUAUGUUUGUGUUGCUAAAGAAAAUCUUGCAUCAUCUUUGACCUUCGGUAGGCUGUCUGUCUUGUCUGUCGCUGAAUCAUGAUGGGCUUCUCUGUUAUAUUUUCUUUUCUUUUCUUUUGUAAUUGGUUGGCCAAUGAGGUUUGAGAAUGGGGUCUUGUGUUGUGUGGCUAACUGAGAACAUCACCAUCUUCCCUUUAUAUGCACCGUCCUUUAUUUUAGGUUAAUCAAUAAAAUAUUGACUACAUUGUAUAUUUUGAGUGAGAUUAUUAAGGAGACAGCUGCAUAAUUUAACU